AGUAAUAUAAACUCAACACAUCAUGUCAUUAUUUGCCUCUUAUGCAAAGUUGAAGAGAAAGACUUUUUGGGUAAUGAGAUAUGUUGAGGUUACAUCAGAAGUAAAUACUAUUAUGAUAAUUCUAGGGAAUAUUGGUUUAUAGAGAUAGAAAAGAGGACAAACAAAAUAAAGCUGAAUUUCGAUUAAGUAAUUGCAAAGUGAAAGAAUUAUCAACAAAUAAUGGUUUUUAAAUAUAAUUUUUGCAUGGCGAUGAUUCAUUGAAAAUUAUGGCCCAUACAAAUCAAGAGCAUAAAAAGCUUGUCUAAGCCAUUACCUAAAUUAAACAAAAAUCUGAAUAAAAAUAAGAAAUCUAAGUUCAAGCACAAGAAUAGCAGUAAAUCAGAUCAACCAUUGUGCCUUCAAUAAUAAUAUAAUAGGUAAAACCACCUACAUUUCAACCUGACCAAGAUUUGGUAAAAUAGACUUAAGGUGAUUAAAUAAAAAUGCAAGCAUUGCAAUUAAUUAAGAAAUUUGAAACUCAUUAACUAACAUUAAUAAAUGUGAUUGAUGGAAUAUUUUUUUAUAAGACGGAAAAAACAGAGAAAAAUAAUGACGCAGUUCAUAAAAAAUCUAAAAUUCUCAAUUUAAUUUAAGAAGAAAUAAAAAAUGUUGGAUAUUUGUUAACAAUAGCAAUAGCUAUAAUAUUUUUUACUUUAAUGUCGAUAUUGAUCUAUCUAUUGUUGAGUUUAGUAGAUAAUCGAACAUACACCAAUAGUAUAUUGAUAACAUUAAAUUUAAUAAUUUUACCAUUGCUAUUUCGUAAUAAGAGUACCCCCAAAGAAGUGGAAAAAACACAAUAGUUUCUAGUUUAAUGUAAAUGCAUUAUGAAUGUGGAUUAUAAUGCUUUAGUGUAUUUAAUAAGCAAAUUUGAAAUUAGAAAAGAUUGGACUCCUAAUCUAUUGUUAAUAAACAAUGAUAACAAUUUGAUUACUGCAUUAUAUUAAAAUUAAAAAGUAGAGAAGUUUAAUCAGCUAGUGUUUUAUGAUGAGGAUACAUUUUAUAUUGUUGAGCAUUUUAAUUUACUAAUCCUAAGGUUAUUUGUAGUAAAAUAUUUGUUUGAUGAAGAAAACAUAGAAGUUAGAUGUAUAACUGAUAACACUUAGAUGCAAAUAUUACCGUGCCUUAAAUAAUUUACUAAAAUUCAAAAGUAAAACCCAAAGAGUAUUCUAAUUGAAUAUCAAGCUUCUAAAGCAUCAUCAGAUUAGAUAUCUGUAAUUCAAUCAGAAAUAAUUUAUAAAUUACCUGAUUAUUCAAAACUUACUCAAUCUCCAAACUAAUAACGUUAAAAUGAACAAUAAGUGCCAUUAAUUCCAUCAAAUUCUCCAAGAUAAAUCUAACAAAUAUAAUAGUCACCUUAACAACCACUGUAACCAUAAUAACAAUACCCUCCUGAAAUCUAAAGGAUAUUUGAUAUGACUAUUGAAGCAAAAAAAUAAUUAGAUUCAGUUUAUCCUCUAGGACCAUCUUGGUAAUAAAAAGAUGAUAAAGGAGGAUUCUUGAUUCAUACUAGAUUUGAUGAAGCUACAGGUUAGACUAUGAGCAGAGGUGAAGGAAUUUUGCCUUAUUCAAUUUAAGAGAUAUUUGAAAUCAUAGAAAAGGUUGAGAGGAGAGGAGAUUAUGAUUCUCUCUUUGAUUCAGUAAAUAAAUUCAAUUUAUGAUAGGGAUAUAUGGUUAAGAAAUUGGAUCCUGACACAGGCAUUGUAUAUUAAAAAUUUAAAACAAUUAAAAUAGUUGUGAAAUCUAGAGAUUUUGUAUUUGCUACACGAGUUUUUAGAGAAGAAAAUAGAUGGGUGGUUAUUGCAAAAUCUAUAGACUAUCCAGAAUUACCUCCAAUUAAGGAAUCAGUAAGAGGAGAUUUAAAAAUUGCUGGAUGGAUUCUAUAAAAAAUAGAAUAAGGAACCAAGACUUGCUUUAUUACUAUGGUAGAUCCAAAAGGUUCAAUACCAGCAGCAAUUGUGGCAAGUUCAGCCAAGGAAUAAGGACAAUGUGUUGAAAAAGUAAAAGCUCUAUUAGAUAAGAGAAAUAAGAAGUGA